AUGGCGAUGUGCAAUGUUUACUCUCUUGAAGAUCCUGCCUGUCAUCUCGUAAUGGCAAAAAAUGGAGCUGUCCAUGUCAUUGCUAUGGAAGGAUCUGAUGAUUUGUUUGUAGGCAAUUGUAACAGCACGGGAGAGUCAGAAACAGAUGAUCGGGUUUUUCAGCAUCUAACCUGCAUGGAUUCCAGGGAUCUGUUGUUUGGACAGAGUGACUCUCCCUCAGCCUUGCCCAUCUCAGUACGUCUCUUGGGCAGUUCUCCAUCAUUGGCUGUGCCUGCAUGGCCACCCCAACUGCAGCCUCACUCCACAGAGGAGCUCUACCUGGCAGAUCAAACCAGGCAGCCACUAGGAGGGCCCAGUGUGCAGAUGAUGAUUGUUGCCAGCCAGUCAGAAAAUGGGCAGGUGCUGCAUGUCAUUCCUUCUGCCCAGCCAGGAAUGGCCCAAGUGAUUAUUCCUCAAGGUCAACUUCUGGAUGUGACCAGCACGCAGGAUGUUUCAGAAGAGAAGUGUGGUGAUGGGAACUUGCAGACUGUGGCAGUGGCUGCUGUAGCAGAUAGUGCAAGCAGUUACAUUCUACAUCCACAGGCAUCUCCCACCAUACCAAAAAAACCAGCCACCAGGGUAGUGGAAGAUCCUUUCUUCAUCCCUCUCCAGCCAUUGCUGUCAAAUACGCCUGCAUGGGCACGCCGUCUCAGGAACUGCGAGAAAAUUGGGGACUCGUACCGCGGCUAUUGCAUGAGCGAGACAGAAUUAGAGUGUGUUCUAACGCUACACAAGCAGCAAACACAAAGUGUGUGGGGGACACGCCAGUCUCCAAGCCCAGCCAAACCUGCCACACGGUUGAUGUGGAAAUCUCAGUAUGUCCCAUAUGAUGGGAUCCCCUUUGUCAAUGCAGGUAACUAA